CAGGCAUCUAUCAGCAACGCUUUUCUGGUCUACCUCCGCCAUGGGUUAAUCGGGGAUGGCCCUCUUCCUUUCGGGGCGCUUUUUGCCGGUUUACAGAUUACGAGUGUCAGCUACCUUUGGUCCUUGGAGUUCCUCGGAUCUGUUACUUCCAAGCACAUCAGAGUUCCUCGCAAAUUAUUGUUCGUAUUAUUAGUUACGUUCAACAUCCUCCUUGCUGCUGGAGUCGGUCCAUCUAUUGCUAUCGCUCUCAUUCCAAGA